GUGUCUCACUGGCCACUUCGUGAAGACAUCGAAGAAUUGCGAAAGCUUAUUUUUGUGUGCUCUAGUCAAUCGUUGAGGAUUUACGGAUUUUUCUUUUUUUUGUGAGGAUUUUUCUUUAUUUGUGAGGAACAACAUGUGCGACGACGAUGUGGCUGCACUGGUGGUGGACAAUGGAUCCGGAAUGUGCAAGGCCGGUUUCGCUGGGGAUGAUGCACCCAGGGCGGUUUUUCCCUCCAUCGUGGGACGCCCCAGAUACCAAGGAAUAAUGGUGGGGAUGGGCCAGAAGGACUCCUACGUGGGUGACGAGGCCCAGAGUAAGCGAGGUGUCCUCACCGUGAAGUACCCGAUCGAGCACGGUAUCGUGACAAACUGGGAUGACAUGGAAAAAAUCUGGCACCACACAUUCUACAACGAGCUUCGCAUUGCCCCCGAGGAGCACCCAGUCCUCCUGACCGAGGCCCCCCUGAAUCCAAAAGCAAAUCGCGAAAAAAUGACCCAAAUUAUGUUCGAAACUUUCAAUUCACCAGCAAUGUACGUUGCCAUUCAGGCAGUCCUAUCGCUCUAUGCAUCCGGAAGAACAACUGGCAUUGUCUUGGACAGUGGUGACGGUGUUUCCCACACUGUGCCCAUUUACGAAGGGUAUGCACUGCCACACGCUAUUCUACGUUUGGAUCUUGCUGGAAGGGAUUUGACGGAUUAUUUGAUGAAGAUACUUACUGAGCGUGGAUAUUCAUUCACAACAACUGCUGAGCGUGAGAUCGUUAGGGAUAUUAAGGAGAAAUUGUGCUACGUUGCCCUUGAUUUUCAACAGGAAAUGGCAACUGCUGCGGAAUCUAGCGCUCUUGAGAAGAGCUAUGAACUUCCUGAUGGACAAGUAAUUACCAUCGGUAACGAACGUUUCCGCUGUCCCGAGGCAAUGUUCCAGCCAAGCUUUCUGGGCAUGGAGUCCUGUGGAAUUCACGAGACCACUUACAACUCAAUAAUGAAGUGUGACGUCGAUAUUCGUAAAGAUCUUUACGCAAAUUCAGUUCUAUCUGGCGGUACCACCAUGUAUCCUGGUAUUGCCGACAGAAUGCAGAAGGAGAUCACUGCACUCGCUCCUUCGACCAUGAAAAUUAAGAUAAUUGCACCACCAGAGAGGAAGUACUCAGUAUGGAUUGGUGGCUCGAUUCUCGCGAGUCUCAGUACAUUCCAGCAAAUGUGGAUAUCCAAGCAGGAGUACGACGAGUCUGGACCAUCAAUUGUCCACAGAAAAUGCUUCUAAGCUGGACCACACUCUGAGUAAAUUUCCUCUGUCCCUCGGACCGAACGUUUAAUCAAAAUAUAUUUAUUUAUUACCUACUAAUCGAGGUGAUUAAUUCGUCAAAUUAAUUUUUCUUUCUUUUCUUCAUUCGAUUAAUUGAAUGUUACUUGAUUAAGGCCAAUUUGUUACUAGAAUCUAUCGAAAAUUUUGAAUAAGCAAGGCUUUAUUACUUUUUUUAGUGGUAAUUUGUUAGUUUUUAAGAGCUUGAAAGUUUAAGUGAAAAUGUAUCGCAGUUUGAAAUAUAAUUUGCACUGUUUCAAUAA